AUGACUACCGAUUCCCGCCCUCGAGUGCUCCUCUUUGGCGCCGGUGGCGUCGGCACCGUCUAUCUCUGGCUGCUCUCCAAAACCUCGACAACGACUGCAGUCUGCCGCUCCAACUACGACGUCGCUAAGGAAAAUGGCUUCAUCAUCAACUCCUCCAUCUUCGGGCAAAACAUCCACUUCAGACCAAACGUCGUGAGGAGCUGCGAGGAAGCAGCGUCCGCGGACCCAACACCAUUCGACUACAUCGUCGUAUGCAGCAAAGCCAUCCCCGGCACAGUGCCCGCCUGCAUCGCCCCAGCCGUCACCCCAGGCCACACCGCCAUCGUACUACUGCAAAACGGCGUCGGCAUCGAGGACGAGUACCACGCCGCCUUCCCCGACAACCCCCUCAUCAGCACAGUGCUGUACUUCCCCGCCACCCAGCGCCCAGCCGGCACCAUCACGCACGGCGAGAUAGAACGCCUCGAAAUCGGCGCACACCCGAGCUCAGCCUCGCCCGCGCACGCGGCCGCCUUCACGCAACUAAUCCAAUCCGCCGGCGCCACGGCCCUGCUGCACACCGACAUCCAGCGCAUACGCUGGACAAAGCUGCUCAUCAACGCUUCCUGGAAUCCCAUCUGCGCCCUCGCGCUGAGCAAGGACACGGAUGUGCUGCAGGCCUCGCCCGGCGCGAGCGCGGUCAUCGAGGCCGUUAUGUGCGAGAUCCGCGACGUGGCUGCCGCGCACGGGUACGAUAUUGCGCUGGACAGGGUGCGCUUUGAACUCGGGCGGGCCACGGCGAGGAUUCCGCGCCAGAAGGGUAUCGAGCCGAGUAUGCUGCAGGACGUGCGGGCUGGGCGGCGCAUUGAAGUUGAGGCUAUCUUGGGGAAUACCGUCAGGAUGGCGAGGGAAAAGGGCGUCAAGUGUGACAGGCUGGAGUUGCUGUAUGUGCUUGCCAAGACGCUAGAUUUGCAGUUGGGGAAGAGCAUCGAGGGCUGA